CCACAAGUUCGAUCAGCUGUGGUGAUCUUUCCUUUUUAUAAUAUUUUCCUACAUUUCUACAAUGACGGGCAGGAAAGUCUAUGUCGUUGGAGUGGGGAUGACUAAGUUCGAAAAACCUGGUCGUCGAGAAGAUUUUGACUACCCUGAUAUGGCCAGAGAAGCAGGAACAAAAGCCCUUAAAGAUGCAGGCCUGGAUUAUGGUAAAAUAGACCAAGCUGUAGUAGGUUACUGUUAUGGUGAUUCAACCUGCGGACAAAGAGCACUCUAUCAACUCGGUCUCACAGGAAUUCCAAUUUACAAUGUAAAUAAUGCAUGUGCUACAGGUUCCAGUGCAUUGUAUUUGGCCAAGCAGCUUGUUGAAGGAGGUUCAUCAGACUGUGUUUUAGCUUUAGGAUUUGAGAAAAUGCAGAAAGGAUCCCUUGGAGCAAAUUUCAAAGAUCGCACUCCACCAAUGGAUAAACAUUUGGAAGUUGUGAUCAAUAAACAUGGCCUGGCUGCUGCUCCCAUAACUCCUCAGUUGUUUGGAAAUGCGGGUAAAGAACAUAUGGAAAAAUAUGGAACCACAAUGGACCAUUUUGCCAAAAUUGCUUACAAGAACCAUCUUCACUCUGUUGAUAAUCCCUUAUCUCAGUUCAGGAAAAAGUACACUUUGGAAGAGAUUAAGAACUCUCCUAUGGUGUUUGACCCUUUGACAAAACUUCAGUGCUGUCCUACAUCAGAUGGCAGUGCAGCAGCCAUCUUGGCCAGUGAAGAGUUUGUCAAGAAACAUGGGCUUGAGAGUAAAGCUGUUGAGAUUCUUGGAAUGGAAAUGGCAACAGAUCUUGUGAGCACUUUCCAGGAAAACAGUUCAAUUAAAGUGGUUGGUUAUGAUAUGACUAAGGUUGCUGCCAAGAAAUUGUUUCAGAAGACAGGCAUGUCACCCAAUGAUGUCCAAGUUGUAGAGCUUCAUGAUUGCUUCUCCACCAAUGAGCUCCUCACCUAUGAAGGACUUGGCCUCUGCUCUGAAGGCAAAGGAGGGGAAUUAGUAGACAGAGGAGAUAACACUUAUGGAGGCAAAUGGGUUGUAAAUCCAAGUGGAGGACUCAUUUCUAAAGGUCACCCUCUGGGGGCUACAGGUUUAGCACAGUGUACAGAGCUUUGCAAACAGCUGCGGGGUGAGUGUGGUAAGAGGCAAGUACCUGGAGCCAAGGUGGCUCUUCAGCAUAACCUUGGAUUGGGAGGUGCUGUAGUGGUGGCUCUGUAUCAACUUGGAUUUCCUAAUCAAAGGAGGUAUCGCCCAGUACCUUCUUAUACCUCAGCAGUCAAGGAAGAAGAUUUCAAGGCAGCUGCAAUAUUUGAAGAGAUGGAAAAGAAGCUGAAGGGGGAAGGCCCUCUACUUGUAAAGAAAAUUAAAGGAGUUUACAGAUUCAACAUCAAAAAUUCUGAUGGAAAAGAAACCUGGUGGAUUGUUGAUGCUAAGAAUGGAGAUGGGGCUUUGAAAUAUAGAGGCUCAGAUAAAGCUGACUGUACAAUAACUAUGAAUGACGAAGACUUCGUUAAGAUAAUGACUGGUAAAAUGAAUCCACAAUCGGCUUUUUUUCAAGGCAAGAUCAAGAUCAAGGGAAAUAUGGGCCUGGCUAUGAAACUAAGAGAAAUUCAGCCAAAGCCUGCCAAGUCUAAGCUGUAGAUCCACAUGCGAACAAGAUGAGAUUGUUUAGGUAGCAACAAAUUUUUAAGGUGUCCUUUUUAAAUGAGGUGAAAUCUUUGUCAGACCUUCAACCCACCAUAUCACUUAAUCAUCUGGAACAUCCAAAUUAUCAUAACAGUAUUUGAUCAAAGUUGAAAAACUGUAAUCAAUAAAUGACACAAAGUGUCACCCCUCAAGGCUCGGUAAAAGGCCUGGGCCAGAGUGACCCGGUACAUGUACGACACAUAACCUGAGCUAUUACUAAUGAACUAUGGAUUGGCGAGGAGUGUUUUCAGUAAGAAAUACUAAAACGAACAAACACUUCUUCUAUGACAUGACUUCUACUUGUCUUUAAUGUGCGUCGUAAAAUAAUAAAUAUAGUGCUUACUA